AUGAUGUUCGUAACACCUCCACCACCUCCCAUGACCACCAGUAACUCCUCACAUAAUGAUGCUGAUGAACAACAACAACUGUUGCAACAAGUAACUUGCGAGAAUCACACAACUCGUCUGAAAUCUUACAUCGGAAAAGGACAAGCACUCUUAAAACAAAUGAUUAAAUCCAACGGAAGAGUCCUUCAUGGAACAAACAUUGUCAAGGUCGAUUCUUUUAUCAAUCAUCAAGUGGAUCCAGAAUUAACCAAAUUGAUGGGUCUCGAUAUGGCAGGACGUUUUGCCGAUCAAAAGGUGACCAAAGUUCUCACUUUGGAAAGUUCUGGCAUUCCAACAGCUCUCAUGACUGCCUUGUAUUUAAAUGUUCCCUUAGUCUAUGCACGUAAGGUGAAACCAAGUACCAUUCAGGAACCCACAUUUAGUACCAAAGUGAAAUCCUUCACCAAGAAUGUGGAAUAUGAUGUGUGUGUGUCGAGCAAGUAUUUGAAUGCUUCCGAUCGAGUGUUAAUUGUUGAUGAUUUUUUGGCAGUGGGACAAGCCACGCAAGGUUUGUGUGAAUUGAUUCGACAGGCAGGUGCCGAAUUGGUUGGAAUUGGAAUUUGUAUUGAAAAGGGAUUUCAAGAAGGAGGAACCAAGUUGAGAAAUAAGGGAAUUCGAUUGGAAAGUUUGGCAAUUAUUGAAAAAUUUGAGAAUGAUUGUGUGGUGUUUCGAGAAGAAUAG